AUGGGGCGUGUCUUUCCAGAAAGCUUUUCUGCUGGUUCAGCUCCGAAAUCGCGGCAUGGUGAGUUCGGGGAGGAGAAGGUGGCUGAUCGGUGGGAGCUGGUGUUUGGGGUCUCUUCCAAGACUGGUUGGUCAAUGGCGGCCCCUGGGGAGGGACCUUGUGGUCCUCGAUACUCGCUGGACCCAGUGGUUGCAACUGAGUCACUCCAGUGCGGGAGCUGCAUCUGCGCAGAGCAUUUGCAGCAGGGGUUUGUGGGCAGAAUCACCCUUGUGGCUGGAUGCCAAAGUCGGAGUACAUCAAGUACAUUGACCUACAAUGAUGUGCAUGUGAACUUCACUCGAGAAGAGUGGGCUUUGCUGGAUCCUUCCCAAAGGAGUCUCUACAAAGAUGUGAUGCUGGAGACGUACAGGAACCUCACUGCUAUAGGUUAUAAUUGGGAAGGUCAUAAUGUUGAAGAGCAUUGUCAAAGUUCUAGAAGACAUUCAAGGUAUGAAAACAGUCAUAGUGGACACAAACCCCCUGAAGAUACUCAAUAUGAUGAAGUCUUUGCACAUCACAGGAAUGCCCACACAUAUGAAAGUAUGCACACUGGUGCGGAUCGCUAUGAAUCAAAACAAUAUGGUAACGCUUUUGAAAAUAACAGUUAUCUCCUAAGACAUAAAAGGACACAUAUAGAGGAGAAACCCCAUAAAUGUAACCAGUGUGGUAAAGCCUUUGCACACAACAGUCAUCUCCUAAGACAUAAAAGAACUCACACUGGAGAGAAACCUUAUGAAUGUAACCAGUGUGAUAAAGCCUUUACACAGAGGAGUGCUCUCCUAUUACAUAACAGAACUCACACUGGAGAAAAACCCCGUGAAUAUAACCAGUGUGGUAAAGCCUUUGCACAUACUAGUGAUUUCUUAAUACAUAAAAGAACUCACACUGGAGAGAAACCUUAUGAAUGUAAACAAUAUGGAAAAGCCUUUGCAUGUAAUAGUAAUCUUCAAAUACACAAAAGAACUCACACGGGAGAGAAAUCUUAUGAAUGCAAUGAAUGUGGUAAAGCGUUUUCAACUAACAGUAAUCUCCAUCUACAUAAAAGAACUCACACGGGAGAGAAACCGCAUGAAUGUGACCAAUGUGGUAAAGCCUUUGCACAGAGGAGUACUCUCCUAUCACAUAACAGAACUCACACUGGAGAAAAACCCUAUGAAUGUAACCAGUGUGGUAAAGCCUUUGCAUACAAGAAUGUUUUCAUAAUUCAUAAAAGAACUCACACUGGCGAGAAACCUUAUGAAUGUAACCAGUGUUGUAAAGCCUUUGCAGAUAACAGUCAUCUCUUAAGACAUAAAAGAACUCACACUGGAGAGAAACCUUAUGAAUGUAACCAGUGUGGUAAAGCCUUUGCAGAUAACAGUGUUCUUCUAAUACAUAAAAGAACUCACACUGGAGAGAAACCUUAUGAAUGUAACCAGUGUGGUAAAGCCUUUGCACACAACAGUCAUCUCCUAAGACAUAAAAGAACUCACACUGGAGAGAAACCUUAUGAAUGUAACCAGUGUGAUAAAGCCUUUGCACAGAGGAGUGCUCUCCUAUUACAUAACAGAACUCACACUGGAGAAAAACCCCAUGAAUGUAAACAGUGUGGUAAAGCCUUUGCACAUAGUAGUGAUCUCUUAAUACAUAAAAGAACUCACACUGGAGAGAAACCUUAUGAAUGUAAACAAUGUGGAAAAGCCUUUGCAUGUAAUAGUAAUCUUCAAAUACACAAAAGAACUCACACAGGAGAGAAAUCUUAUGAAUGCAAUGAAUGUGGUAAAGCGUUUUCAACUAACAGUAAUCUCCAUCUACAUAAAAGAACUCACACGGGAGAGAAACCGCAUGAAUGUGACCAAUGUGGUAAAGCCUUUGCACAGAGGAGUACUCUCCUAUCACAUAACAGAACUCACACUGGAGAAAAACCCUAUGAAUGUAACCAGUGUGGUAAAGCCUUUGCAUACAAGAAUGUUUUCAUAAUUCAUAAAAGAACUCACACUGGAGAGAAACCUUAUAAAUGUAACCAGUGUUGUAAAGCCUUUGCAGAUAACAGUCAUCUCUUAAGACAUAAAAGAACUCACACUGGAGAGAAACCUUAUGAAUGUAACCAGUGUGGUAAAGCCUUUGCAGAUAACAGUGUUCUUCUAAUACAUAAAAGAACUCACACUGGAGAGAAACCUUAUAAAUGUAACCAGUGUGGGAAAGCCUUUGCACGAAGGAGUGCUCUCCUAUUACAUAGCAGAAUUCACACUGGAGAAAAACCCUAUGAAUGUAACCAAUGUGGUAAAGCCUUUGCAGCUACCAGUAAUCUCCUAGUACAUAAAAGAACUCACACUAGAGAGAAACCUUAUGAAUGUAACCAAUGUGGUAAAGGCUUUGCAGGUAAGGCUCAUCUCUUAGUACAUAAAAGAACCCAUACUGGAGAGAAAACUUAUGAACAUAAAUGA